UCCCACUAGGGUCCGGUGGUGGUGGUGGGGGGGCUGUCUGUGUGUACUCCAGGACUGAACUGAGCGGCUGGACACCGGUGGGCUUGGCUCUGCGCGCGCUACGCGUCAUGACUGAAAUCUGAGGCGGGUUUAAAAGGCUUUGAGGAGAGCCACAGACAGACGAGGAGAGACAUUUGGAGAUCUGGGGUGCACAGGCAUUAGAUCUUCUUGUUUCGAGACGCUUUUGAGCCAAAGCAACUCUGUUAUCUCCUUGAAUAAGUCUGGGUCAAGAGCAAAUGGAGAUUUAUACAUUUAUAGUUUAUAAUUCAACCCUUGUGGGCUUUAAAUCUCCAACCAUUUGGUGUCUAACACAGAUAUUUAACCACCAGGUUUAAUCUGCAGCGUAGCGGAGCAUCGCGCAACGGGACACCGGCGUUUCCAUUUACGCACGUCGUUCGCCCGCGUUUUACCGCGUGGUACUGUUGUUAUCCUUGACGAAUCUUACAAUGGGACACCUGAGCAACGCAUCGCACCCGGUAAACUCCACCGACCCGUUCGGACGCGACGAAGAAGUCGCGAAAAUCGAGAUCGCGGUGCUGAGCGUCACCUUCGCGGUCGCCGUGAUCGGGAACUGCAGCGUGCUGGUGGCCAUCCACAACACCAAGAAGAAACCCUCCCGCAUGCAUCUGUUCAUUAAACACCUGAGCCUGGCAGACCUGGUGGUCGCGUUCUUCCAGGUCCUCCCGCAGCUGUGCUGGGAAAUAACCUUCCGUUUCUACGGCCCGGACUUUCUGUGCAGGAUAGUCAAGCACCUGCAGGUGAUGGGCAUGUUCGCGUCCACUUACAUGAUGGUCAUGAUGACUCUAGACCGCUACAUCGCCAUCUGCCACCCUCUGAAGACCCUCCAGCAGUCCACCCGGAGGUCCCACAUCAUGAUCGCGGGCACGUGGAUCAGCAGUCUGCUCCUCAGCACCCCUCAGUACUUCAUCUUCUCCCUCAGUGAGAUCCAGAACGGCUCUGAUGUGUACGACUGCUGGGGUCACUUCAUCCAGCCCUGGGGAGUCCGCGCGUACAUCACCUGGAUCACAGCGGGGAUCUUCCUCAUCCCGGUCAUCAUAUUAAUGACCAGCUACGGAUUCAUAUGCCACAGCAUCAGGAUGAACAUCAGAUAUAAGACCAAGAAGACGCCGGGGGACGGCGCGCACAAGAACGGGCUGAUCGGUAAGAGCUCGGUGAGCAGCGUCACCACGAUCUCCAGAGCGAAGCUACGCACCGUCAAGAUGACCUUCGUCAUCGUCCUCGCGUAUAUCAUCUGCUGGGCGCCGUUUUUCACCGUGCAGAUGUGGUCGGUGUGGGACAAGAACUUCAGCUGGGAUGAUUCGGAGAACACGGCCGUCACUCUGUCUGCGCUGCUGGCCAGUCUGAACAGCUGCUGUAACCCGUGGAUCUACAUGGUUUUCAGCGGACACCUCCUGCAGGAUUUCGCUCACUGCUUCCCCUGCAGCCACAAGAUCCAGCAGAGCUUCCGGAAGGAGGAUUCGGACAGCAGCCUACGGAGAACCACGCUGCUCACCAAGAUCGCCAACCGCAGCCCCACGUGUAGCUCGGGCACCUGGAAAGAGUUCGAGCAUUCACCCAAAACCAGCAGGGCGGCCCCGGCCGAGACGUGACGCAGCCGGCCCCCGGGAAUCUGACUUUGGUGAGACUCUCACAGCAGGGUUUUAAAACCCCGGGCUUCGGACGCCGAGUGAGCUCCAGAUGAGAUAAGACACACUAUUACUGCUCAGGAGAUUCAAGGGAGUUCAUUCUGCUUCAUUGAAGCAUCUUAAAAGUAAAAAGGUAGUUGUAAUCAUCCAGUAAGAGUCUGGAGCUGUGAAAUGAUCAUUGGAUGAGAAAUGAUUGAGUUCAUAUGGAGAUCUGAGCACAGUUUGAGACAUUGUUCAGAUCUCUUUUGGGACUUUGGAGCUCGUCGCUACUUCAGUUUGAAUCUGCUUUUCAUGGUUUCAUUGCUGUCGGAGAUUCAGUCUUCUUGCCGAAGAACAGAUUUUUAAAAUACAAUUGCGUUAAUAAAAGUUAUAAGGACAUAGGCCAAACAUUAGGAAUAAUAUGUAAUAUUUUUGAACAAAAAAUCGAAAUGCUCAUCAAAGCUGCAUUUAUUUGGUAAAAAAAAAAAUCCAGUUAAAGCAGUAAAAUUGUAAAACAAUUGUAAAACAGCUGUAAAACAGCUGUGCAUCACGGAAAUAAAAUACAUUUCAAUAUAUAUUCAAAUAGAGAAUAUUAUUUAAAAUAGUAAUAAUAUUUCACAUUUGUAAAAAAAAAAAAAAUUUGCAAAAGAAACAUACUUAAAAAAAACAGCAGUGUACUUUUUUUAAAAAAAGUCUUGAAUAUUUUUGUUAGUUUAUUUUUUUAUGUAGAAACAUUUUCCAGAAGGCACUUGAUGUUAUGUUGUAUUACAAAUGUAUUCACGCCGUGCACGUCAUGCUUUACUAUCUCUCGUCUCGUGUCUAUUAAGGAAACAGUGGGAACACAGAAAAUGCCGUAAAUCUCUGUGGCACAAUGAGUCCAGCGAGACAUUUCCUGUGAUAAGCGUCUACUUAAGCCCGGCGCUGGGUUUAUUUUGGCCCCGAGUGUGCGACCCUCGUGCCAAAGUAAACCAGACACCUGCUGCCCGGGACCGAGCCGAGAGCGAGCUGAUCGCUGGAAGCAAAAUAUAUCAGUUUCCAGACAAUAAAUGAAUGCUGCUCUAAAUAAAACAUAGGAAACAGUCUGCCUUAUGAAAUAUUACCGGGCAUGAGCUUCAUUCUAUAAAUGAAUGUUUUCACAUGGCCAAGCAUGUCUUUACUGGUCAUCUGUCAGGUUUGGACAGUUUUAAUAAACAUAUACUGAGAAAUGCUAAGAGUUAAUGCUGUUUAUGUAUAAAUGAAAGUUGUAAAUAAAUGACAAAUAACAGGAUAUCUUUAUAGUGACAGAUGGUCUAUAUUUGUUUGUAUAUGUUAAGGUUUUUUUUUUUUUUUUAAUGAUAUGCUAAGCAAUGGAAGCCUGUUUCUGCAUGGAAUAAAAACAAACAAUUGUGACUUUUUAUCUCACAGUUCACACUUUUGUUCUCACAGUUUUGAGAAUUGUGAGAUAUAAACUCAUAAUUAUUAUUUUUUUCUCGUAAUUCUGCAUUUGUAUCUCCCAGUUCUGACUUUUGUCUCAGAAAUCUGUAUUUAAAUCUUGAAAUUCGAAUUUUUUCCUCAGAAUUCUAAAUUCGUUUUUCCACAAUUAUGACUUUAUUCCUCAGAAUUCUGAGUUUAAUAUCUCACAAUUCCUCACCUUUUCCUCACAAGUUUAUAUCCUGGAAUUCUGACUGAAUAUCUCCCAAUUGUGACUUUUUUGAAAAAGUUGAAGACCUUUUUAUUCCAUGUUUCCACAAUGGAAUAAAAAAAUUACAAAGAUAAUGGUGUGUUCAUAUCAGUUUAUAUUUGCAAAGAUUUUUUUUUUUUUUUUAAGUCCAAAUUUUGACAUAAAAGUCUCAACUGGGCUUCCAAACUCAGCAUGGUUAACUGCCAACUUUAUAUGUGUUGCACCUCUCACAAAUUUCUCGGUGUACUUGUGUACCAAAUCCAAUAAAUCAAACCUUCAUGAAAUAUUA